AUGUCGAGGAUAAACAACUUUCACAAGGUGGUAGGGAGGUUAUGGGACAACGAUGCUCCUGUUGUGGACACGGAAAACGAGCUUAUUGUGUUGGGUAAGCGAUAUGAACCCUAUCAGGGCGGUGCCAACUUCGUGGAGGCGGACCCAGCGCAGCCUGAAGCAGCUCAAAAGCUCUAUGAUGACGAUGAUGAUGAAUUUAACGAAACGAUCAAACCUCCGGGAGAUGUGGGUUGCAAUUCGCCGGAAGUCACGGCUUUUGACUCGCGAAUCAGCGAGCUAAAGACCAUGAUCAGCCAGCUCAUGACGCAGAAUAAAUCUAAACCCCCGGCCCAGGACAAGAUAUGGCCCGACGAGUUCAUCCGCGAUGUCGGAACUCGAAUCUGGUUGACGUACCGAAGUGGAUUUCCUGAAAUUGCGCGAGCUGUGGAUGGUCCUUCCAGCAUCUCGUUUGGUUCUUUUCUUCGAGGCCAGGUUGAUUUGAAAAGUAACGGCUUCACCAGCGAUGCUGGAUGGGGAUGUAUGAUCAGGACCAGUCAGAGCUUGCUUGCAAAUGCUUUGCUCACCUUGCACGUUGGUAGGGACUGGCGCUAUGACUGCACUGUUCCUGAAACGAGUGUUAAGACGCGCGAUAGCGCGAUUCAUGACAAGAUUGUUUCCUGGUUUGUGGACGUUCCAUCGGCCCCAUUCUCCAUCCACAACUUUGUGGCGCAGGGAGGCAAAUGUUCUGGAAAGAAGCCUGGAGAAUGGUUUGGUCCUUCUGCUGCAUCCAAGUCGAUUGAAGUUCUGUGCAACGAAUUUCAGGAGGCUGGGCUGAAAGUGAUAGCUGGAGAAGGUGAUUUCUACGAGAACGAAAUUCUUGAGACGGCCCUUGACGAUGGAAAGUUUAAACCUAUUCUACUUCUUGCUGGCGUCAGGCUGGGUAUCCACGAUGUGAACACUGUCUAUUGGGAUGCGUUGAAACAGGCUUUGAACUUGCCCCAAUCCGUUGGUAUAGCCGGUGGAAGACCUUCAUCCUCGCAUUACUUCUUUGGCUAUCAGGGAAACUACGUUUUCUACUUGGACCCUCAUUUGCCGCAAAAGGCUUUGACUGUUCCCAGCUCCGUUCCUGCUGUUGGUGUUGAAAGCGAUGAUGCUCUUCAAUCCAGCAACUAUCUGGAGGUGAAUACCACUUUGGAUAUCAGGUCUGUACACACCACCCGGAUAAGACAGCUGAGCCUGAAUGAGAUGGAUCCUUCAAUGCUGAUUGGAUUUCUCAUCAAAGAUCAGGAAGAUUACGAGGCUUGGAAGCAGGCCAUGACCACGGCCGAGCACAAGGUGAUCUAUGUGUAUCCCAAGAGUGUCUCACAGAGUCUGAUGAAGAAGAAAUCGAUGUCAUUUGUGGGUAUUCCUGGUGAUACGGACGAGUUUGUGGAUUUAGGUGCUGAAUGCAUGGAUUUUGACGAAUGCGAAGAUGAAAAUGUGGUGGUUGAGGCGGCGGAAGGAUCGACUGCUGUUGCUGCUCAGCCGAGUAAUGUGGAAGACUUGGGCGAGUCUACGAGAGAAGAUUUGGUGAGACGGUUCUCCCAGCCUGUCGUGAUAGAACGCAAUGAAGUCGCAGGUAUCAGUGAUAUUGGUCAUAGUCCAUCUGCACCCGGGAUUCUUGAAGAGAGCCAGGACCAAGAAGAUCCAGUAGAAAGUGAAGAAGCUGAAUUGGUGGAAACUCGUGGCCAUCUUCAAAUAGGAACAGGUUCAGUUGAGCCAGACGAACUCUUAUUUGACAAAGAUACGUCGAUAAUCAUGCAAGACGAGACUUACGAGGAAAUCAGUCCUUCCACAGCUCUAUCUGAGAUUGAAGAGCCAAUUGUGGUGGUUUUGGACGAAGGAAGUUCGCAAAAUGAGAUAUGA